UGGCACCUGCAACCAUAGCAGGAGACGGGAGCCAGAGCUCCUCAGGGUCAGGAGAGAUGGAGCCUGGGAACUGCCACUUUCCCUGCCCAGUGGCCAUAUGGGUAGGGCAGCUGAGGACUGCCUUGGGCCAGGGGUCAUGGCUUUCUAGGCGCUUCUGGUUUCUGCCUCAUUGGAGCCCCUUUCCAGCUGCAAGCUAAUACCAGGAGGAACUGACCUGGGGACCUGGAGUUCAAGGCUGUGAACUCCCAAAAAGGCCAGGGCCGGCAGAACUGGAGAGCCCCGUUUUGGGAAGCUGGUGGUGAGAGCCUCUGUCUCUGAUCAUCAGGGAGACAGAAGUGAUUCCAGUGGGAUUCCAGCCUAUUUCCUCCCUGUCCCACCAACCCAGCAUUGACCACCCUAAAUGACUGCCCUGAGACUUAGGAGUCAGGAGACAAUAGGGAGGCCUGCUUGGGGGAGACAGGGGAGAUGGAGGCCUCGCCACUGAGGGCAUCAGCUGUGACGGUGCUGAAGCAUCCAGGAGAAGCUGCUGCUUCUCCCUCCCUCCCAGCGCCUCCCAGAGCUCUGGGCCUUGAAGAGAACGGGAGAGCACAGCUGGAUGCUUCUUUCUCUCUAGCCUGGAACCAUCAGACAAAGGAGGUUUCUUGGGUUUGUGUGGAGAAGAAAGGGAGGCUGGAGAUGCAGGGUGGGUGGUGGCCAGCAGGGAUCAUGCCGGGGCACGGAGGGUGCUCUCAGGAGCCUGCUUUGGAGAUCACCUCAGCUGGGGACUGAGCCAAGGGAAGGGAUUGCUGAGAGUGUUCUUGUCUCCUGGGGUGGGGGUGGGGGGCAGUUCAGAGUAAGGAAAAUGCAGCCAUCAUUUUUUAGGACCUUCUCUGGCCAAAUGCUUGACUUACCUCGUCUCUGUUCCCACAACAAUCCUGCAAGGUAGGUGUUACUGCCCCAUUUUACAGAUGCAGGGAGACCCAGAGGGGUGCCCUUCCCCAGGCUCAGGCAGUCCUCAGCAAAGGCUCAGGAUGAAAAGGGAUUUAUGCAUGGGUGUGUCUGGUCCUCAGAGUGCCCUGCAUGGAGACUUCUAGGAGGAGGGACCCUCCUGAGCUGAGCUGCUCUCAGGAUCACGGGCCACAGAGGGAAGGGCCGGGACCUCCCUGCAGGGGAGCAGGUGUCUCAGAGAGGGGCUCCCUGCCUCCAGUGCCAGCUAGGACCCAUGACCUGAGCCGGCUGGGGGAGGACAGGGAAUAAGUCUGAGGAAAGACUUAGGCUUGAGUGAAGCGAGAGGAGAGGACCACCUUGACUUAACAAAUGCCUGCGCUUCCCCCAAGACCAAAUGGGACAAUUUCUGAAAAUUGCUGCAAGGCUGGAGAAGGAAGGGGAGGGGAGGGGAGGAGAGAGGAGAUGGGGAGGGAUGGGAUGCCAGAGGAGUGAGAGAGAACCCCCUUCUCUUGAGAGGGACUCUCGGGGAGCUUUCAGCAAGGUGGGGUUGCUGGCUACCUGCUGCCUCUGUGAGGGCAAACUGGGUCUUGUGACCCCUCACAGAGCAGAUGACAGCAGGGAACGGGACUGCCUGAGGCAGGUCCUGGGUCUGCCUGCAGCAUGGGAGAAAUGAUUCCACUGGGGGGCACGAUGAGCUGUUUCGGGCACUGGGGAAUGAACAAACAAACAGAAAUCCUGGCUGUCCUGGUGCUCACAUUUUUGGGGAGAGGGACAAACAAGAUCAAGGAAACACACACUUUAGAUCAGAGUAAGUGCCACAGAGGAAAAGCCGGGCUGAGGCGGUGGGUGAACAUUUUCUGCCGGGAUGCCCAGAAUCGGGGCUUUGAAGAAAGCCCUGCAGGCAGCGUGAGCUGAGCUGGAAGCCCUGCAGAGGCAGAGCAUUUAGGAAGCAGGAAUAGUCCGGGCGGAGGUCUUCGAGGGUGACUGGAGCAGAGAGCAGGGUGGGGAGGUUGGGGACCAGUUCAGAAGUGCCUGGAGCCAGAUUAAGAGGGGCUUCUUUCUGGGUCACAGAAAAGAUUUUGGAUAUCAUCCGAACCCUCUCUCUGAGGAUUUUGAGCAGGAGAGGGAGCCAUUUGUAAAGGGAGGGGUUUGGAUAGGGUGGCCUCGGUGACCUUUGUGGUCGGACCAUCGGUCACACAGGGCUCUGGAUGUCUGGGAUGGAGAUGCCUUCCUUCGCAGCACUGGUGGUGGGAAGGGAACAGAGUGUGUGUACCGGGUUGGGGGUAGCUGGGAUUUCCACUUUUCUGCACCAUUUAGAUUAUGUUUAGAUCAGAUACCGCUACAUCUCACCUAGGCCCGAGUUUUGUAAACGUCUCUAUCCCCAGCUUGGGGAAUUUCCACCUGGUGGCUCUGGGCUGAGUGGCAGGUUUUCACGUGGGAGCAUGGGACAAGCCUGCCAGCUGAGCUCUUGCCCACCCGUGGGCAGGUCUGGCCCUGCCUUUGGGGUGGUCCGGAAGGAAAGGUGCAGGGAGCCUGGAGUCAGGCCUGCGGUCAGCGGCCCCGGUGCAGAUCUCAGCCCAUCCUGAUAACAAACAGCACCUCUCCAGGCCUCCUGGUCUCCAUGUCCAGAGUGUUUCAGCCAUAAGGGGGCUCCCUGGGGUCUCAAGAGUCCUCCCCUCGGGACAGGGAGUAUUGCAAAGAAAGAACAUAGAGGUGGGAGUCAGAGUAACCAGAGCUCAGGGUCAGAGGCCGGGGCCAGAGCCAGCACCUCCCAGCUGUGUUUCUCAGUGUCUGGGUCAGAGUGGCCAUGCCAGGGUGGCCACAGGAACCUGAGAGAGACCCUGUGGCUCCAAGACUGUCACAUGGAGACUGCUCACCGUGGCUUUGCUGUGGGCCAGCCUUGGUGGCCGGGGAACAGGGAUGCUGACUGGGCAGUGUGGUGUGUGGGCCUUCCCGUGGCUCCCUGCUGGCUCCUGGCUCCAUGGUUGUCUUCUGGCCAUUCCCCUCUGGUACCAACCAGCAGCCCCCAGAGGCCUCAUUAGGCUGCUGGUGUCUCCGGCUGAGCCCUCCGAGGUGUGGCAGGCGGGCCUGACACCUGCGGGCCGAGUGAGGAGGUCCCAGCUGAGGAAAAGGACAGGCACAAGAGAGGCCCCAUCACAGCUCUGGCUCCCAGCCCGCAGCUGCCCCCCAUCUCUCUGCCAACUACCAGGACAACACAGGAAGCUGGGACCUCCAGGACAGGACCCUGGAAACCAUUCCUGCUCCCCCGAGAGGCUGCAGCUGUGCCGCCCGGUCUCAGGGGACACCUAGCUACGGAGCGGGGCCUGGUGCCGGAUGACUCCAAGCGAAGGCGCAGCUGGGCUGGAGGAUAGAGGGACAGCUGAGUGACGCUCAGGGGACUCACAUAUACCCCUGAAGGUCUCCCUCAGCCUCCACCAGCCCAGGGGCCUGGGGAAGAGUGGGGUCCUUGAUUUCUCCUGGCUCCUGUACCCUUUUCGGGCACCCUGAGCUGGCUACAGCAUGGAGCCCCUCAAGGGAGAGGGCCGGGGCAGGGGCGGCAGUUUGCUCUGCUGCAUCUGACAGCUUCCCCUUCCUCAGGUGCCAGGUGGAGGUCAGAGAAUCUCUCCUGGCUUUCACGUGGAUCCCUCGCCCCAACCCCCACCAGCAGGCGGGCACGAGGUAAGGGCUCCCUUGCCAGCCCUCCUCCCUGCCCUUGUCUCUUCCUGUUUGUGGGCUCCCCUGAGGUGUGAGGGGAGGGAGUGCCACUCUUUCCAUCCAGGUCCCGGGCAAGUGGCACCUGCCUGCUCUCCUGCACCCUGGACACAGCCAGCAGCUCCUGCCAUGGACAGGUGGUACCCAGGGUAAAUAUUACCUGGCACUGUUAAUGUUUAAUGCCCCCACCUCGUCUCGGGCCACCCCGCGGAGGCUACCAGACACUGUCGGAAAAGCAGAGACAGCAGGAAGAGGGGAGGGGAGGCAGUCCAUUCUUCUGGGGAAAUGACCGGGCUGUCUACGGGCGAUGGCUUCCUGUGACAGGAACUGACUCAGGCCUGGACCCAAGAGGGGCGCCUGCUGACAGAGGCAGCAGCCCCAAUGCGGACGUGGACCCGUUCUACUACGACUAUGAGACUGUCCGCAAAGGGGGCCUGAUCUUCGCUGGGCUGGCCUUCAUCGUGGGGCUCCUCAUCAUCCUCAGCAAAAGAUUCCGCUGUGGGGGCAACAAGAAGCGUAGGCAAAUCACUGAUGAUGAGCUGUGACAUCAGGGCCUGGCAUGGAGUGUGUGCUACAGGAGAUCACAGAGGAGCCCUGGAGAAAAGUGAGAUGGACAAGGAGGACGUAAAACCCCGACCCCUGGUGCCACCCACCCAGCCCCAUUCCGCCUUUGUCUUCUCAGUCCCGGCUAUGCCAUCCGCUGCCCUGGGGUCAGCUGGAAAGCCGGGCAUGCCCCUGCCUUUGGCGUCUUCCCAUCUUCCCUGGGCUGUAGACCUUUGUCACCAUCACUGCCAGCGCUUGGGCUGAAGGAAGCUCCAGGCUCAAUGUGACCCCCAGGUGGGCAUCACCACCUCCUGUCCCGUGCCAGCUCAUGCUCAUAAUAAAGCCAGCGUCAGAGAUCAC